AUCGACGCUGCACCGGAACUGGCCUGUGAGCUGGAGCUUCUGCGGGCAGUCUCCUCGUUAUUCGCCUCCUCUCUUUCCCUUCGGCUGCUUCUCCGACCUCGCUUAGGAGCUUUUUACCCGUUUAUUUUUUUUAUUUAGUACAGGGAAUGUAGAAUGGCUGUGGCGUUUGGGAAGCUUGUCGUCGGCACGUAUGUGGAAAUAAAGCGCAGUGAUGGACGCAUACACGAGGCGAUGGUGACGUCCCUGAACGAGGACAACGAGAGCGUCACGGUGGAGUGGAUAGAGCACGGAGACACAAAAGGGAAAGAGAUUGAUUUGGAGAGUAUAUUUACACUUAACCCAGAUGUGGGUCCAGACGAAGAGAUUGUCCCAAGUCCAGAGACUCCUCCUCCGAUAACCGGUGUGAAGGUCAAUAAAAUAGCAAAGAAUCGUGGGACGAUAGCACCUUCGAAGAUUGACACUCCAUCCAGGGACAGUAGAGUAAUUCCGACUCAGGCCCGACUCCAUCCGUCUCAACAUGCUGAGUCAGCAGUGGUCCCUCUAUCGCAGCAGGUGCAGCCCCCCCAGGCUCCCACACAGCAGCAGCUGCAGAAUGAAUCUUUACACCCGCCGCUAACCAGAAAGGAGAUUGGACAACUUUCUCGUAGGAAGUCAAACUGUGUGAAGGAGGUGGAGAAACUGCAGGAGAAAAGGGAGAAGCGUCGGCUUCAGCAGCAGGAGCUGCGGGAAAAGAGGGCUCAGGAGGUGGACACCACCAUUCCUAAUUAUGAGAUCAUGUGCAUGAUUCGAGAUUUCCGUGCAAGUCUAGACUACCGACCUCUGACCUCAGCCGAUCUGAUCGAAGAACAUCGAAUAUGCGUAUGUGUGAGGAAACGUCCGCUGAAUAGAAAAGAGCUCACCAUGAAGGAUUUGGAUGUGAUAACCGUCCCCAGUAAGGACGUGGUGAUGGUCCACGAACCUAAACAGAAGGUAGACCUGACUCGCUUCCUGGAGAACCAAACCUUCCGCUUCGACUACGCCUUUGACGAUGCCACCGCCAAUGAGAUGGUUUACAGGUUCACUGCCAGACCGUUAGUGGAGACCAUCUUUGAGAGGGGCAUGGCCACGUGCUUUGCCUAUGGGCAAACAGGAAGUGGUAAAACUCAUACAAUGGGUGGCGAUUUUUCUGGGAAGAACCAAGACUGCUCUAAAGGAAUUUAUGCAUUGGCUGCCCGGGAUGUAUUUCUCAUGUUGAAGAAACCCAAUUACAAGAAAUUAGAGCUACAAGUGUAUGCAACCUUUUUUGAAAUCUACAGUGGAAAGGUGUUUGACCUCCUGAAUCGCAAAACUAAACUGAGGGUACUGGAAGACCGAAAACAGCAAGUGCAGGUUGUGGGGCUUCAGGAGAAGGAGGUCAAGUGCACAGAUGAUGUCCUGAAACUCAUAGAAGUGGGCAACAGCUGCAGGACAUCGGGGCAGACAUCAGCCAACGCCCACUCGUCUCGCAGCCACGCCGUGUUCCAGAUCAUUCUUCGGAGGAAGGGCAAGCUUCACGGCAAGUUCUCCCUCAUCGACCUGGCCGGGAACGAGAGGGGCGCCGAUACUUCAAGUUCUGACCGCCAGACUCGCCUGGAGGGUGCCGAGAUCAACAAAAGCCUGCUGGCCCUCAAGGAGUGCAUCAGGGCUCUUGGCCGCAACAAGCCACACACUCCAUUCCGAGCUAGUAAACUCACCCAGGUCCUGCGGGACUCCUUCAUUGGUGAAAAUUCCCGUACGUGCAUGAUUGCAACAAUCUCUCCUGGUAUGACAUCCUGCGAGAAUACACUCAACACGCUCCGCUACGCCAACAGAGUAAAGGAGUUUGGGAUUAGUCCGUCAGACAUCCCCUUCUCUCAGGGUGGUCAGGGGAGUCGCACUGAGCACUCUCCCACCAAUACCUUUGAGUACGAUGACUUUGCUGCUACUCCCCCCGGCAGGGUGAAGGAACUUACCGUGGACCACAACCAGGUGAUGGAGGGAGGCCGUGCCAACAUCCACACAGUCAACCAGCUGGACUUUAUAGACGAGGAAUGGCAGAACAGUUCGCCGCAGAGAGAUGACCUCAAGCUGCUCUGUGAGCAGAACGAGGAGGAAGUGUCUCCUCAGCUCUUCUCCUUCCACGAGGCUGUCUCUCAGUUGGUGGAAAUGGAGGAGCAGGUCCUUGAGGACCACCGGGCUGUUUUUCAGGAGUCCAUCAGGUGGCUGGAGGACGAGAAGGACCUCUUGAAGAUGACAGAAGAGGUGGAUUACGAUGUAGAAUCAUAUGCCACUCAGCUGGAGAAGAUCCUGGACCAGAAGAUAGACAUCCUCACUGAGCUCCGAGAUAAAGUGAAAUCAUUCCGCUGUGCUCUUCAAGAGGAGGAGAAGGCCAGCAAGCAGAUCAACCCUAAGAGGCCACGUGCUCUUUAGUGAGACUGAAGAGGUGGAAAGAGAACCACUAGACGGAUGUUUGUCUGUCGAAGCACAAACAAAAGGACUGGCCUUCCCAACAGGCUUAAACAUUUGCAACUGUUAUGAUGACUCUUCAUAGAAAUUGACUGUGUUGCUAUGGUUAUUUAGGAAGAACACAUGGGAAAGGAAAUAGUUCAUUUCGUUUUUUCAUGGAGAAUGUUUAGUUGUUUAACUAUUCUCCUUAAAUUAUUUUCUUUAAUACUUGUUUGUACUUUUCGAACUGUUUUUUGACAUGGUUUGUCACACAAAACCAGCGUUUGAUUUACGGUUGCCCCGGCUAACGUGUACAGUCUGCAUGUGCACUAAUGUUAUGGCAUCAUUGUUUUUGUCACUAUAUAGUCACGUCUGAAAUGCAGUCUCCAUAAUUCCACUUCAUGAGGAAGAAGCAGCAGUGUCGCUCACUUUGAUUUGUGCCAUUAGUUUCUAAACUUAGUCAGCAUUUUUUCCAUCCCUGUUACAAUUUGUUCUAAAAACAACUGGAAAGGAAAAACAACAAUAAAUGUGAAUAGUGAAAAACACUAAAGUUGAGUUUUGUGGCAUAGUGGAAAGGAAGGCCCCAAGGAGCUUCAGGGAGCUAGCUAGCUAAGCCAGAUUGUGGCAGCGUUUCUACUUUCAGAACCUGGAUUUGAUACCUCUAAUCUUUACAACCAAGUCCAUUAUGCUCUGUGACAUUAGAAUCUCAAUAUGAGUUCUUGACGUAUCUUUUAUUUACAAUAAGACAUUUCUAAAAGGGCUCUAGAUGAAAGAAAUACUUUAGUCUUUGACUUGUGGAAUACCAAUCACUGGUGUCUCUUCCUGGCUGUGUGCCUUUAGGAAAAGUGGAUCCCUGCUGCAUUGAACGCAUGAAGCAAUCUGAGGAGUAGAAAUAUGUGCAAUGGGUAAGAAAUCUAUUCAUGGAUUAAACUCAGUGAAAGAAUGCUCUUGGAUGUACAGGGGAUCCUCAGUUUACGACGUCAAUUCAUUCCUACGUGGCGAUGUAAAGGAAUAAAAUGAAACAGUAAUAAACGAAAGAAAACAAUUCCUUACCUUUAUUCCUGUGGUUGGCUUGCACACUGGAAGGAGCAUUGCAAGAGAGACGACCCAACAGUCCAAAAGAGCGUAUUUUAGGACGCCUUUACGGUGCUUACGACCCAAAACCGCUUAGGUCGAAAAAAAGGCUUUAAAUAUAUUAGACGUGUGUCGUAAACACAAAACAGCAUAACUCGAGGAUGUCGUAAACCGAGGACCCCUUAUGUAAUUAAAAUAGUUGUCGCUCCUAUUUCCUGAGCGAUGUCAUUUUAACAUGAUUGUCAGACAGUAGCUCAGAUUUGCAGGAAUGCCAUUUAGCAGAUUAUCUGAAAUAUUAAAAUGAGGGAGUAUUCAACUUACACCAUGAAGUCAUCUAUGUCCAUGGACCUUGCUCUCUUGUCACUGAAAUUAGCCUCUUGUAAGAUGCUUUCUACUUUUUUGCUGAUGCUAAAGUUUGCUGGCACCUCCUGUCAAAACGAAGCGUGCAAUGUGUCGUCAUUGCAGCCAGCGUGUCACAAAAGUAUAAAAACAUGUUGGUGUUUCAAUUUCAUUAAACUCACCACAUUGGACACAGAGCAGUGGAUUCUAUAGUUCUUCUCCAGGAGCUGCUCCACUGCAGUCGACCUGGACAUUCAUUCCAGAAUUCAAUGUGACUUGAUCCACUUUACACAACAUUGUGUGCAAUCCUCUUUACUGUACACUGAGCAAAAAUCUACAUCCAGCAUUUUUGUUUACUUGGUAGUUUUGCAAUGUAAAACCAUACUCACUUGAAUGCAGCGUUGAGGGUUUUAUUCUUUCUUACGAAGGCUAUUCUGACCAGGCCAUCCCACUCCUGAACAGAAGCCAUGCAUUGUUAAAAUAUCCACUUUUGUCUCGUAAAACACAGGUGUCAAACUCAAGGCCCAGAUCCGGCCCACCAUAUCAUUUUAUGUGGCCCGUGAAAGCAAACCAUAUCUGUGAACUUCCAUGACCCUUGCUAAAAUCUGUACCAAAAUGUUUGUCAUGUGUAAUAAAUAACAUUUUGCAA